AUGACCCAUUCACGACGGUUCCAAUUAAUGGUAAGUGAUGCAGCCAUUAACGAUAAGGUAAAUGAUGAAGCUGUAAUCAAAACUACCCCAGUUGGAGCUAGUUGGCGGCGAAAUAUCUUAUCUUCCUGUUCAUUUCCCGACCGUUCGAAAUUCGCUGACGCUACGCUCGCCGGCUUCCGUCCCCAAUUGUAUUCUAAUGCGGCGUUCGGUCUCCGCACUCGUUCUGGAAUACCGGAGCGUAGCGAUGCCAAGCUAUCUGCCAGAGAGAUCUUCCGGCCCGUCGAUCGGUCGCCAAUGAAGGCCGUGCCAAUGUCUAUCGCGUCCCUCGCAAUGUGGCGACGUCUGCGGUGUCGGUACUACGUGGGAGUUAAAUCAAAGCCAAUGCAAAAAGACUUCGAGAUAAAACCGAGCGUGCACGCGAUGUGGGAAACGAGGGUCCAAUUUCCAACACGCGACACCUCUAGACUCGGGAGGAAAGUGGCGCGGUACGAAGACCGCACCACGUGCUCAAGGGCCGGCCGGGCCCUUGAGCACGUGGAGCACGUGGUCCUUAAUGUU